UUCUUGUCUUAGGAGGAGUUGUCUAAACAAAUCGGAGGCAAGCGAUCCCAAGUUCCCUCUCUCCCUCCGUCAUGGCUGAGCCGCCGCCGUCGCAGUCGCCGGCGCAGACCCCUCCGCCGCAUCAGCAGCAGCAGCAGGCUCCCGCGAGGGCCGGGCGCGAGGACAUGUUGGCGUGCGUGGCAGCGCUGGAAGCGGCGCUGCUGCCGUGCCUCCCGGCGCGCGAGCUCCAGGCCGUCGACCGCUCCCUCCAGUCCUCCCACCAGAUCGAUGUUGAGAGGCAUGCGAGGGAUUUCAUGGAGGCUGCCAAGAAGCUCCAGUCUUACUUCAUCAGCCUGCAGCGCGAGGACCGACCGGCAACAGAAGAGAUGCUUCGGAAGGAGAUUACUACAAUGGAGGAAGAACUGAAGACCAAGUCUGAGCUUAUUGCCAAGCACAGGAAGCUGAUUGAAGGGUGGCAGAAAGAAUUGAAGGAGCAGCUGGGCAAGCACAUCACCGAGCUUGAAAGAGUUUGAGAAGUGUGAUUCGAUGACCAUGAACCCGUAGGUGGCCAAAUGUUAUGUUUGCCCUUGAAAAUUGUUUACAUCAAGCAGACCACCCACCAUAACAUGCUUUUAGGAUCUGACUAGUCAUGUGAACAGGCGAUUGUUUUUUUGGUUUUUAUCUCAGAAGGUGCUAACAAAGCCCCUUAUCGAUGUUUGAUGCUGUAUUUGUUUAUGGUCUAUGCAGUUAGUAUUCUGUA